UUCAAAUUCGUUAUGAGUUUGAUACUGGUCGGUUUGAAAAGCGUACCCUCGAAGCAUUUUUUCAUGGCGCACUGUGUUCGACUGAAGAGUUCUCAAUUCUAUGGACGUUUGUCUUACAAGUAUACAAACCCCGCCGAGGGGCAGCGUUAUCUACGUCAUCAUCCAAAUGCACUCGUACCCAUCGUACGAUGAACAAUUUUGUAUCGCAUAUCUCCUUGCAUGUUUACCAUCCUACUUCAGACGGAUCGUGACGGUGCAUAAGUGUGACAGCCGAUCCCUGCGACCGCCUCCGGGGAAAGGGAGAAGUUUUCUGACUCCCAAUCAUAUAAAAGCAGCUAACUAACUACCAAAUUGUAUCACUGUAAUUUGCAAGAACUCGCAUCUUUAUACUUUAUCAAGAACUCUAUACAAUCUCAAUACUAAUCAUGUCGACCAAAGGUAGCUGCGCUUGCGGGGAUAUCGAGUACCAAUUCACUGGCGAGCCAAAAGUAACUGCACUCUGCCACUGCAUCGACUGCCAAAAAUGGACCGGCGGAGCCUUCACCUCCAACGCCGUCGUGCCCCGUGAAAGCUUCAGCGUCACCAAGGGAAAACCAAACACAUGGGACGCCGUAGGCGCCUCCGGAAAGAUCAACAAGCACUUCUUCUGUCCCCGCUGCGGCUCCAGCCUCUACACGGAGCUCGAGGUCAUGCCAGACGUCACGUGCGUCAAGGCUGGUGGGCUGGACGGCGGCGCCGCGAGCCUGGGAAAUAAAAUCGAUGUGGAGUUUUAUACGAAGGAUAGGGCGGGUUAUCUUGGGGCCAGUGAGGGUGCUAAGCAGGAGCCGCAGUUCGGUUAGGAGGGUGCGUGGGCGAUUGAGAAUUGUGUAGCAUUGGCGAGGCGUAGGUUUUGUGGGUGCAUUGCAGAGUCAGAGGAGCAUUUGCGGUGUAUUCGUGGUAUAAAAUGAUCUAGAAGAUUUUUGUUGAAGUAUGUGAGUGUCUUGAUUCAAUUCCUAGUCUACAUGGGUAUGUCGUGAUAAAGCGAUCAAGCAGGCUGGGUGCAAUGACACCUGGUCAUCCCUAGCUCUAUCUCGAACUAUC